UCGAACCUGCUUGGCUUCCCUCGAUCGCAUAUUUCAUGUGGAUGCCUCUUGUUUUCUAUUUUCUACUCUGUUCCCGGAAUUCUCAUACAUAUUGCAAUACAUCCGCAAUGGUGAUCCGCAUUCAGCCUUGUUUAAAAGCGAGGCCGAGCAUAUGCGAUGUAUCCUCCAUUCCCAACAGCUAUGUUUUCCUCACAAGUCUCGUUGUUGCUCAUACCUCUUCUCGUCGUUCUCGCCGUCGUGCUCUACGCGAGGUAUUCGUUCCCGAAUAAACAUAAACUAUCUGUACCAGACGGGCCGAAACCGACUUGGUUUAUUGGUAACAUACUGCAAAUCCAAUCCAGUCAUCCCGAAGAGACGUUCACAGAGUGGGGGACCAUCUACGGCGAUGUCAUACAUCUCAAGGUGUUCAGCCAAUCCACGAUCGUCCUCAGCAGCAUUCAGGCUGCUCAAGAAUUACUUGAGCGCAGGAGUGCUAUAUACUCUGAUCGUCCACGAUUCGUGUUACUAGCAGAGAUGAUGGGAUGGCGGAACUCAACUACACAUAUCAGAUAUGGACCGCGUUUCCGCAAACACAGACGUUUCAUUCACCAAACGUUCAAUCAUCGUGCCGUUAAGAAUCUUGAACCCAUACACAAUCAGUCAGCAAAAGCGUUGUUGAAAGGGCUAGCCGACAGUCCUGAAGUAUUUUUGGAACAUAUCAGAAGCUAUGCCGCGGCUAGCAUUCUUAAAAUUGCAUAUGGUGCCGAGGUGAAAUCAAAUGAUGAUCUUACCCUCAAGCUGGCUGAGAAGGCCUUGAAGAUGACGAUACAAUCCGGUUCGCCGGCUGCUACGUUAGUGGAUUACUUCCCGUUGAUGAGGUAUAUACCCACAUGGGCCCCAUUCUCGGCAUUCAAACGUGAUGCAUUGGAGGUCAAAGCCGCAGUAGAACAGAUGAUGACCAUUCCAUACGAACAGGUCAAAGAAGAAAUAAAUAUGGGAACCGCGCCGCCCUCUCUUACCUCGAGGCUCAUCAAAGACCGUCUCGUCAUGGGUACCAUUUCAGACGAAGAUGUCGAGGAUAUCAAAGGUGUGGCUGGGACGUUAUAUUCUGCCGCCGAAGAUACCACUGUUUGUGUGCUCACGUCUUUCAUCUUGGCGAUGGUUCUCUAUCCGAGCGUAUUCGCUAAAGCACAGGAAGAAAUGGAUGUCAUCGUGGGGCGUGGGCGCCUGCCGGACAUUUCCGAUAGGGAGUCCUUGCCAUAUCUUGACUCCGUCAUCAAGGAGGUUUAUAGAUGGAACCCUCCUGUACCCUUAGGCUUGCCCCAUCGAGUGAUGGAGGACGAUAUCUUCAGAGAUCGUUUUAUCCCGAAAGGUAGUACUAUUUUUGCGAAUAUCUACGCAAUGAUGAGAAACUGUGCUAGCCCUGAUGUGUUCCGUCCUGAACGAUACGCAGAAGAACUAGAAGAUUUCGACCCUCGCGAUGUGGCGUUUGGUUUUGGUAGACGGAAAUGUCCUGGGAGGCAUUAUGCCGACGCGGGCAUUUGGAUAGCGGUUUCGAUGAUUGUCGCGUCAUUCGAUAUAACGAAAGCCAAAGACUCGGAUGGGAAUACCAUAACGGUGGUCCCGGAAUUCGAAUAUUCUUUCGUGAGGCAUCCAAAGGCGUUCAAGUGCUCCAUCGCUCCGAGGACUGCAUGA